AUACACGCUCUCGUGCCUAUUCUAUAAUAAGAAUGACAUUAGUCGAUAUAACCUCACUUUUACAAACAAUUACGAAAUCACCGAAGAACAAUUUCAUUUAAACACAAAACAGUCAAUUAUCAGUCAAAAUGAACGUCUCCCGGUUGUGUUUAACCCUACGGGCUAUAAAGCCCCCUUACUGCCACCCGAACUACGUGAAAUUGGCUACUUGCUACCACCAGAGGCGCCCCAUUUCCAACGUAGAAGCCAAACACUCACAAAAAGACGACUCUCUAGUUAAGAAAAUAGUGAAAAAGAUACCUUUUUUUAACCCCUCUAAAACGCAAAUAAUGGCCUCGGGCUACUUUCUCUACGAAAGCGUGGCCGACAAAGUCAACUAUUUGGACUUUUUCCAAGAACUGGACCUCCCUGACACGUUUUAUUCGUGGUUUGUGGUCACGGAGCUCCACAUUUGGAUGAUUUCGGCACGGGCUAUGGCGGAGGGUGAUGAUGGGAGGUUGUUGCGGAACUAUCUAGUGGAAGCUUUGUGGAAUGACGUUGGACAACGAAUAAAGAGGCUUGGAGGGGAGAGUAAUCCGGCGGCUGCACGUGAACAAGUAACCCAGUUAUCGGAACAACUGCAAGCUGCUCUUAUAGCGUACGACGAGGGGCUGCAGGGGGACGAUAUCGUGCUAGCGGGGGCUUUGUGGAGGCGCUUUUAUCAACAAGGAGACGUCGAAAUUACGUACCUAGACAUGCUGGUGCGAUACAUCCGAAAACAGAUGCGGUUACUGGAUCACCUAUCAGGGGAAAACCUCCAAGACACUAAAAAUAUAAAGUGGAUUCCUUUGAAACAACACUAAGUUUGAAGACUUUUAUUAAUAAAUUGUUCAUUGUU